GUUGUUUUCAAAAUCAUCAGCAAGAUGGAAGGCAGUUUAUAACAAAAGACGUAAACAUAAAUCAACGUUAAAAUUUAAAAGUAAAUGGUUCGGCUCCAACACGAAGAAAAUGGACCUUGCUAGUUCUGUUUUAGUGCUCCUGUUCAUUGUCAGCCUCUCGGAAGGUGCCGUAACCCACAAUGUAACAUUUGAGAACAGGAUUGAGGGCUUUGAAAGAGAAUGUGACGCUCCAGGUUGCCGGUACACUGGAAAGAUUGUUGGAAGUAUCACGAUCCAUGGAUUGAAUUAUCCAAUACCACAGCUUUGCUUUUACAUUUGGCUUUAUACAUAUGUACCCAUAAACGGAAAAUAUUAUUGGAAGCCGAUAUGCGAAAUCACGCUCUACCCUUGCGACGAAUGUAAAUUUCCAUUCACUGGAUGCAACUGCUCAGGAUAUAAUCCACUCAGAAUCCAAUUCUUUCCAUUUGACGGUUCUCUAUAUAAGAUCUUAAUUCAAGGGUCCUAUGAAGAGUCGCCGAUUAAAACAUAUCCCUUCUUCUUUCCAAUACAUUUUGACGAGCUAUCUUGGAGCAAUGAAUUUGACUCUUCAAUCAAACCAGAUAACUGGGAUCCGAUUUACAUUCAUCAUGGUCCGAACAAACAAAUUCCGCUCCAUCUCAGGCAGUUCUCGACAAAUGGAAACAAUCAACUCAUCGCAGGAACUAACAUCGUUGGCAUGGCAACUCUGUUUGCUUUCCUCCUAACCAAGAUGACGUUUAAUGAAUAAGGAUUUGAUUGGCAUACGGAUAAAGGGACAAGCUUGGCUUUGUUAUGAAACAAAAUGUGGAGUCACACAUCACGACCAUAUUUAUAUUUUAAAUGAUAUCUCAUGUUUAAAGUUAAAUAUAGUUUUAAACUGAUAACUCAAGAUGCUAGUCACUUUAAAAAAAUUAUAUCUUAAAUAAAAAUAAAACACUGUCAAGAUCUCUGAAAGAUAACUGAUGUAAACUAUCUAUAGCUGUACUGUAAGCUCUUUUAUCUUUUAUUUACUAUAAUAAUUUAUACGUAGAAAUACGAUUUAUCUUCAAUUUAAGUAGGAAUAAUGAGAAUAAAUAUUGCAUAUUAUGAA